AGAAUUGUGAAUUGGCCUCAAGACCGCUUGUGGCGGCGUCAAGUCGGUCAGCAUUGCUUCAGGCCCGAUGGAGUGAAGAGACUCGAAUCGGCUGCGCUGCGCCAAAAGCACUCCUCAGGCGACCUGGCGCGAGGAGCUCGCUCUGCUCGGGUCACCUGAUCGGGCCAUUGUCAGAGCUGCUCGUGACGACUGCGAGAGGAAAGAGUGCACAUCAGUUCGUGGUUAAGCGCUGA